AUCGACUGCAACAGAGUUCUUCGAUGCACACUAGGAAAAGUUCAGUGUCAUUAGCUCUCACCAGACACACGAUGCCGUUCCACAUGGGCGAUGCACAUGUACGCUUCCGGAACACGAUGGAUAACCUGCCACUAUCGAUACACUUUCUUGUUCCUCCGAUAUCCCAAAACAAUGCGCCGGCUGCAGCCUCCCAGUAACGCCAAACUCUAGUUCCGAAUUACUCUUCUUUGUACUUCGGAUGGGAAUGGUGCUCCAAUUGCGAUGGUUCUCUGGCUGCAUGCGUUACCAGUCGCGUUCCCAAUCAUCGUGUCGGCAACUUUCCUUAUUCCCCCGGUCAGCCCAAAUGCGCCGGUCGCAGGUUUACGGCAGAGCUACUGCAUUCGUACGAUUACGCCUUCCAUGUGGCAUGCACCCAGGACUUGGGUUCUCAAUAGACAUGGGCAUGGCACCAAAUACGGCAUCUCCCUCGCGGUACCAAUAUUCAGGAUUGCUCACACCACCGUCUAGUGAACGAGGUUUACUGGUCAGACUACCACUUCAUGAUGACAUGAAGCGGUCACCACUGCACGUAGCUCUUUGGGCUUGCUGCUCAACCCCAACGACUGAUAUCAGCUGUUACGCUGAUAUAGUCGUUCCGCGACGCUCCGCGCGGCCCAUCCAUACACGAGGAAGACUACGGGCCGUCUCACACGCGCAACAUAUCACAAGCC